UGGCGGCGGCGGUAGCUGCGCCGCAGCGGGGCCAGGGCGAGCGGGGCGCGUGGAGAAGGGGCCCCAGCGGCCGGGACGCCAGAGCGGCGUGCGGCGCGGCGCGGCCCGGGACCAUGUCCCCCGGGAGCAAGGUGAAGAGCGAGUACAUGAAGCGCUACAAGGACCCGCGGUGGGACAUGUACGGACCCUGCUACCGCGAGCUGCUGCACUACCGCCUGAGCCGCCGGCUGCUGGAGCAGGCGCACAACCCCUGGUUCUGGGAAGACUGGGGCCAGGCCAGCACCUCGGAUGACUCGUCGUCCUCGGGCGGCGGGGGCUCCCCGUGCCCCGCGCCCCAGGAAGCUCCGGCCUCGCCCCCGCCGCCCUCUCCGCCCAGGCCCGCGGCGCAGGAGAGGCGGGAGAGGCCGGAGAGCGGCGCGGCGCCAGAGCCGGAGGCCUUGGGGGGAGAGAUCCAGGACGCCGGCGCCGCGGAUUCCCCGGCAUUAUCAGUGAAAGAAGUAGAAGAAAAGCAUGAACAACAAAUUGAAACAAAAGAAACUGAUAAAUUACCCAACAGUACUGAACCUCGACAACAUCGAAGUGCCUUAUUUGCUAGAGGAAAUAGAAAAGCAGUCAAAAGUCCUCAAAGAUCAUCAAUUAAAAUAAAAGAAAACAAACAUCCAUUUGCUCUUUAUGGAUGGGGAGAAAAACAGACAGAUACAGGAAGCCAAAAAACUCAUAAUGUCUGUGCUUCUGCCCCUGUGCAUGAGAUUCAUGAGUCAGCAUUACGAGCCAAGACCAGAAGACAGGUGGAAAAAAGGAAACUAGUUGCUCAAAGGCAACGUGCUCACUCUGUGAAUGUGGAGAAAAAUAUAAAGGUUAAAUCUUCUUCCUCAGAUAAUCCAUGGAUGACAGAAUACAUGAGAUGCUAUUCGGCAAGAGCUUAAAGAAACAGUUGCUUGGACAUCCUCUUUUAAAAAGUGUAAAAGAAAAAAACAGAACAACCAUCAAAAGAAACUGGACAUGGGUUUAAGAAACCAACUGAUUAUGCAAGGUUUUUCUUAGGGAAUUUCCAAAUGAUUGUCAAAUAUUUUGAUGAAUCUUGGCCACCUACCUCAGCAGUAGGACAGACAGUUGAAGCCAUAGACAUUUGAAGUUAUUUAUGAAGAUGAUUCCCUAAAUCUUUGAUAUUCUUAUAAAGGUUUUGUUUUAAAGCAUCUUAAUCUUUUAAGAUACUGACACCAAAUGCCUUUAAAUGGCUAUGGAUGCUUAACAGAUUUAGUCUUGUUCUGAAUUAACUAUUCAAACUCCAUAGCUAAUAAGAUCAUUCCGUCUUGCAACAUAAGACUCAUUUUCUUUAUGUGCAGUUUUCUUAGUGAAAGAAUUAAUAUCAAAUCACAAAUGAGUUUCAACUGUAGUAUUCAGUCCAUGUAUAAUAAAAUGAGAACUUUGGUUGUUAUUGAAAAAUUAAACUUACUUGUAUUUCAGUUUAGCAUCACUUCAUGUUGUAGACCAUGAUAUUUAAGGCUUAUCUGAGCUGAGUAAAGGUCAUCUUUUCUCUUUAAAUUAUCAUCCAGCCACUUAUUUAAUAGUUCAAAUACAUUCCAAUAAACAAAGUACCAGUGUAAUAUAUAUUUAGUGUAGAAGUGAAGUUUUUUUUUUUAAGUCAAAGACUGUCACAUUAUUAUUACUAUUUUUUUUCCUAAAUAUUGCAAGAGUGUUUAGAAAACAUAAUGGGGAAUUAAAGCACUUACUGGAGUCUGGCUUCUUGGUGCACACCCACUAUAGACUUUUGCAUCUUGCAUAAUAAUUGGCAAUGACAUUUAAAACUUGCAGUUUGAAAAUUCAUUUAAUUUGUAAAUUGAGAUUAUCUGGCCCACUGAGGAUGCAGGAAGACCAGUAAGAUAUCAAUUAGAGCUGUUGCUCAUCUCCACUUUCUGUUUUCCUGUACCAAACUUAACAAUGAUCAAGUCUGGAUGAUGUAAAAUAUUCAUAAUUUUGGUUGAAAUACAUUACCAUUUGAUUCCUAGUCAGAAGAUCUCAUAUAUGGAAGUUAAUAUGAGAAUGGUGGUGUAUAUAUAAGCACAAAUGUAAGAAUUUAAGUGGAGUAUUCCUUGUCUUUAGUACAUUUGCUUUUUGGAUAGAAAAAUGGUUUUAAAAAAUAAUGGUUUUCAUCAAAGACUAAGGUCUUCUCUAUCUAGUAGAGAUGGAAUCUAUUAGGAGGGUGAGUAUUAAAAUUCUUUAUAAGAUAAGAAAGGUACCUUGCUUAAGCCAACUUAACAGCGCAAGCUGUGUGAAUGAAAAUUUUGUCCAAGACUGAGCAUUUCCUUGAUGUGUUUACUCUGGGUCUUUAAUGUACUAUAUUCAAUUAUUAGAAUUGGUUUUAUUCCACAUAAGUUCUUCACACACUGUACUAAGCUCUGAAAGAUCAUACUAAAGAAUCGUAAGCGUUUUGUUUAUAAAAUUUUUACUCUA